GCAGGAGGAGCCGACGGCCAGCGACUAACGCGAUUCAAAGAAAGCCUCGGACGUCGCUCUGCUGCACGAAGCGCUGCUGUGCAGGAAACCAGAGGAUAUGUUGCCGCGGAUGUCUUUAUUUUCUGAGUGAAGCGGACGAAAACCCGAGACCGAAGGCUGGAGAGCGACGGCACCGGUGAUCCGGUCCUGUGAUGGAAACCUGCUCCCCUCGUGCAGAUCCUUGGACGGCACCCAUGGCUGAUUCUGUCAGGCGUUGGCCGGAGUUUGUCCGCGGACGCGCUCAGCACCCUGGUGCCCUGCCGUGCCCCGCGCCAUGCUAGAACAACACGCCACCAAGCACAAGCAGCGCUCAGCCCAGGCCCAGGGACGAGUGUGGAAAAAGCUGGCGGAAAAUCUACACGUUUGAUUUUCUCCCUUUUUUUUUGGUUCUGACCUAGAUAUUCUCAGCUGCUCCUUCCAUCUGGAGCUGCUCUUGAUUCCAUUCUUGGAAAACUCCCACCCUGCGUUCUUGAAGGGCCUUAUGAUGGAUGUUGGUGUUUACAGCCGGACUUGAUUGGAGUUUAAAAAUGUGACCGGACCCUUAUGAGGAGCAGGAACCGCCCGUCAACAUGGCCCAAACCAGUCUGCUGCAGGGGAAGCGCUUUUACUGCCGAGAGUGGGUCUUUCACAAGAUCCAGCACUGCCUCCAGGAGAAGACCAACAUCCUCAAUGGUGUGAGCCACACGCCCAGCAAACAGCCCUCGCUGGCACCCAAUGGGGGCCCGACAAACCCCGUCAGUCUGACAGCAGGCUCCUCCAAAGCUGGGGGCUCCUGGGGUGUGCUGCUCGUGGGGGGUCCGGGAAGCGGGAAGACUGCGUUAUGCACGGAGUUGCUGUGGCCGACGUCCGGCCAGGGGGUCCAGAGAGGGCUGGACCAGCAGAGCCUGGCAUUCCACUUCUGUCGGGCGGAUGACUCGGACACGCUGUGUAUCGGCGGCUUCGUCCGAAGUCUGGUGGCUCAGAUCUGCCGGGGCGGGCUCGUGCCAGGAUACGAGGAGAAGGUUCGCGACCCGGCAGUGCAGAGUGCGCUGCAGCCUGGGGAGUGCGAGAGGAACCCGACGGAGGCUUUCAAAAGAUGUGUCCUCCUGCCUCUCCUGAGCGUCCCGCCACCCCAGCAGGCUCUCUUCCUGCUGGUGGACUCCAUCGACGAGGGCUGCCAGCUUGGAGAGGGCGAUCAGAGGUCUUCCCCCGGCCAGCCCAGGACCAUCGCCGAGCUCUUGGCCAGCAACCACGAGUUCCUGCCGCCGUGGCUGCUGCUCAUCUGCUCCGCCCGCCGACAGAACAAGGCUAUCACCAAGUUGUUCACAGGAUUCCGAAAGAUCAGCCUGGACGAUCUGAGGAAGGCCUACAUCGUCAAGGACGUGCAGCAGUACAUCCUGCACCGGCUGGACCAGGAGGAGGCCCUGCGACAGCACCUCACCAAGGAGACAGCUGAGAUGCUCAACCAACUCCACAUCAAGAGCAGCGGUUGCUUCCUCUACCUGGAGAAAGUGCUGGACGGCGUGGUGGAGAGCUUCAUCAUGCUCCGCGAGAUCCGGGAGAUCCCCGGGACGCUGAACGGCCUCUAUCUGUGGCUGUGCCAGAGGCUCUUUGUCAGGAAACAGUUUGCCAAAGUACAGCCCAUCCUGAAUGUGAUCCUGGCCACCUGCAGACCGCUGACGGUCAAGGAACUGUACCACGCCGUCUGGACCAAGAACAUGACGCUGACAAUGGAAGAGUUUCAAAAGAAGAUGGACAUUCUCUCCAAGCUCUUAGUGAAUGGUCUCGGAAGUACGAAAAUCCUGUUUCAUUAUAGUUUCGCUGAGUGGCUUCUGGACGUGAAGCACUGCACGCAGAAGUACCUGUGCAACGCAGCAGAGGGACACCGAAUGUUGGCCAUGAGUUACACCUGUCGUGCCAAACAACUGAAACCACUUGAAGUGCAGGAAUUCGCCCUGCACCUCGUCAAUUCCAAUCUACAGAUCGAGCCCUUCAAUCUGGCUCUGUGGAUGGUCUGGAAUGGAACUCCAGCGAAAGACUCUCUGUCCACCUCCAUUCCCAAAGAACAAGAAGUUCUACAGCUCCUGGUCAAAGCUGGAGCGCACGUCAACAAUGAGGACGACCACGCAUCGUGCAUUGUUCAGCAGGCCCUCGAGCGGGAGGAUUCCAUCAGGACUCUGCUCGACAACGGAGCAUCUGUGAACCAGUGCGACUCCAGUGGGAGGACUUUGCUGGCCAACGCAGCUUACAGUGGAAACUUGGAUGUGGUCAACUUACUGAUAUCUCGAGGAGCCAACAUGGAGUUGGAGGACAACCACGGGCAAACUGCACUUACUCUCGCUGGCCGGCAAGGCCAUACCAAAGUGGUGAACUGUCUGAUUGGCUGCGAGUCAAACAUCAACCACACAGAUCACGAUGGCUGGACUGCGCUGCGGUCGGCAGCCUGGGGUGGUCACUCUGAGGUGGUGUCUGCUCUGCUCUACGCUGGCGCCAAAGUGGACUGCGCCGAUGCAGAUGGUCGAACAGCGCUGAGAGCUGCAGCGUGGGGAGGACAUGAAGACAUUGUGUUGAACCUCCUUCAGCAUGGCGCCGAGGUCAACAAGGCAGACAACGAAGGACGGACAGCUCUCAUUGCUGCCGCCUACAUGGGACACAGAGAGAUUGUUGAGCACCUGUUGGACCACGGUGCCGAGGUCAAUCACGAAGACGUGGACGGCCGAACGGCUCUCUCAGUGGCUGCUCUCUGUGUUCCCGCCAGUAAAGGUCAUGCGUCAGUGGUGAGCCUUCUCAUUGAGAGGGGAGCGGAGGUGGACCAUUGCGACAAGGACUGCAUGACUCCUCUCCUUGUGGCUGGCUAUGAAGGACAUGUGGAUGUGGUGGAUCUGCUCUUGGAAGGAGGGGCAGAUGUGGAUCACACAGACAACAAUGGCCGGACCCCUCUACUUGCCGCAGCCUCAAUGGGACAUGCCUCUGUUGUGAACACUUUAUUAUUUUGGGGUGCAGCUGUAGACAGCAUUGACAGCGAGGGGAGGACUGUGCUGAGCAUUGCAUCUGCGCAGGGCAACGUGGAGGUGGUCAGAACUCUGCUGGACAGAGGUUUAGAUGAGAAUCACAGGGACGACGCUGGCUGGACCCCCCUACACAUGGCUUCUUUUGAGGGGCAUCGGCAGGUGUGCGAUGCCCUCAUUGAGCAAGGCGCUCGUUGUACAGAGGUAGAUAACGACGGAAGAAUACAGCUGAUACUAGCAGCACAAGAGGGACAUUACGACUGCGUGCAAAUUCUUCUGGAGAACAAGUCAUGCAUUGACCAGAGGGGCUAUGACGGCAGGAAUGCUCUCAGGGUGGCUGCCCUGGAAGGCCAUAGGGACAUUGUGGAACUGUUGCUGAGCCACGGCGCUGACAUCGAUUACAAAGACGCGGAUGGACGACCCACUCUGUACAUCCUGGCACUUGAAAACCAGCUGGCCAUGACAGAAUAUUUCCUGGAAAACGGAGCUAACGUUGAAGCCAGCGACAUGGAGGGCAGAACGGCCCUUCACGUGUCCUGCUGGCAAGGACAUGUAGAAAUGGUCCGACUGCUGAUCAACUAUCACGCUGAUGUCAACGCCUGUGACAACGAAAAGCGAUCGGCCCUCCAGUCCGCCGCGUGGCAAGGCCACACCAAGGUAGUGCAGUUCUUGAUAGACAAUGGCACCCACGUGGAUCACACGUGCAACCAGGGAGCGACUGCGCUCGGCAUCGCUGCACAGGAAGGUCACAUCGAUGUUGUGCAGAUCCUUCUCGAAAACGGCGCAGACCCUAAUCACGCCGACCAGUUUGGACGUACGGCAAUCAGAGUUGCUGCCAAAGGAGGCCAUUCAAUGAUCAUCAAGCUUCUGGAGAAGUACGGGGCCACGACUCUGAAUGGCUGCAAUCCAUCACCAGUGCACACGAUGGAAGAAAGGACUCCGCUGGCCGUCUCUGGCAAAAUGCAGUCCCUCACCAUCAAGUCAAGUAGUUCAGGCAGCACGGGGGUGGGUGACAUGCAGUCGACCGGCCGCGGAUUAACUAACGGACCCGUGCAUGCCUUCAGUUCCCCGUCCGAGUCGCCAGAUUCCACAGUCGAUCGUCAGAAAUCCUCCCUGUCAAAUAAUUCUCUCAAGAGCUCCAAGAACUCGUCCCUGAGAACCACCUCGUCCACCGCCACGGCUCAGACCGUCCCCAUCGACAGCUUCCACGGUCUGACAUUUACAGAACAGAUCCAGCAGCACUCGCUGCCUCGUAGCCGAAGUCGGCAGUCGAUCGUGUCCCCGUCGUCCACCACCAAGUCAAUCAGUCAGCAGCCGCCGUCUCCAUCCAGUGACUUUGACUGGUCCCUGUUGAAAUCUGGUCUCAAGUCGACAAAAGCAACCAAGACUGGCAGUGGCACUACCAAUGGUAAGGGGGCACCGGUGGACAAGAAAAAAGUGAAGAACAACGCAGGUCAGGUUCUGGAGUACGAGAUGACUCAGUUCGACAAAAGAAUUGCCCUCAACAAGUCUGUUGCCAACAUCGCAGUCAAGGACCCGCACUGUAAAAUCAUGAUCCAGCCGGGACAGAACCAGGAGCAGUUCUUCAUCCAGCAGCAGAGCUUAGCGGAGAAGAAGCGGAAUGGCAUCAUGACCAACCCCAACUAUCACCUCCAGGGCAAUCAGGUCUUCCUGGGAAGGGUCUCGGUUCCUCGGACUGUGCAGAGCAGAGGUCACCAAGAUGUUCUGGAGAACUAUCCCAUCGGGGAAACGGAGCUAAGCCUUAAACAAGCCCUGAAACUGCAACUCGAAGGAUCGGACGCAGCAUUCAACUACAAGAAGGAGACUCCAUUGUAGCUGAUCUCAGAAUCUCCGUGGCUGCGACGCCAGAGGGCACCGUGCCAAAGUGUCAUCCACGCUAAAGAGACGGCGACGGAGCGCGGACAUGCCUCCAUCCGCCUCACCGGACGUUUAUUUAAGAUAUUUAAUGAUGAGCAGCGCGUGCACUUUGAAGAGACGCUUGUCAGUUCGCCAUCUUCAUCCACAACGUUUGUUAUGUUCUCAAGACAGCAGUGCACCUCUGAGUCACUGUCGCAACCUGUCAUGUGACCUUCCGUGUGUUAACCAGUGUAUUUAUUUUUGUUAUGGAAAAAAAGCCACUUUUGUUUUACCGCCUUUUUUGAUGUUACAACAUUCAGAAGUUGCUGUUUAUGUUAACUCCCAACAGUUUUGUUUUUUUUUUUACUGUGUGCAACAAAAACUAGAUGGAAGCCGGAGGUUUGUUGGAAGCUAAGUGGGAAUGUUGAUUUUCGUCCCUAUGGGAUUUUUGUGUUUGUUUUGUGUGCCGAAAAGAUAUUUAAAAAAAAACUCGGGAAUAGCAGAUGUGUGGUGCUAACGCGAGGCAAUGCCCAACCUUUCAGUUUGCAAUGUUUCCUGAGUCAAAGUUCGGGUUGGUGCUAAUGAGGGGUGCGUCCAGAAGUUCUCAGUCAACUUGGGGAGCGUUGAAUUCUGCGUCAAUAGAGAAGCUCCGGUACAUCAAGGUUCAGUUCCCGAAGUUCAAAUCAGUUCCGCUCCACCCUUGUGAGCUCUUGAGCGACAAGCUCCACCGCUAGCAGCCAAAGGGAUCUACAUGCUAUUGCUGUACAGACGGAAGCUUUUGUGUUUUCAAGUGUUCAUCAUCUAUAACAUUAUGACCACCAGCCUGUCAAGGGGUCUAGAGCAGCCUACAGCCAAUGUCAGGUUUUGCAAAAGUUUCCAUUUUAGCUGAAGAGGACAGUCUGAUUUGUUUCACCAAAUUUAUUAGCUUCUUGUUCUUAGUGUGGUGGUGCUGUAUCACGUCACGCUAGCAAUUGAAGGAUUACUUUGCUCCCACUGCUGAAAAGUUUGGGCGGGUUCGACAACUUCAGCUAUCACUGGGAACAAGAACCAGAAGAUACAUGUUCAAGGCUAACAAAGUAAGAAUUGGCUUCCUCUGCACCUGAAGUUAGCAUGUGGUCAUAAUGUUAUGGGAACAGGCAGCGUGGGUGGCAUCCUAAGUCAUUCAGCAGCAAGCCAAGUCGUGUCGCUGUGGAGACUCAAGACUCGCGACACAGUCAUCCUUCAUGCUAAUGGCUAGCUCUUCAAACUCGCAUGCACAAACGUCUCUGAAGGAUCGGGUCUCAAACGUCUUCUGUUGGUUUUGUAAAUAGCAGCGACGUCCGUUCACGACAGAAUUCCUGCGCCAUGUACCAAGAGGAACUUUCUCAUGUAUAUUAAAGUGCUCAAUAAACAUAUUUGCUUUUCUGCCGACCCGGACUGAAACUUGAUCCGCCGUGUUGGUCGGAACUGAAGUCCAACCUGGGUCCUGAAAGUGCUGAGUUUAUCACCACUACAUGCGUCCGUCCACACGUGGAACUAAAGAUGGCGAGCUUAUAAACGGGGUGUGAAGUCAGAGCCGGUCCUGCUGUCGCUCUGCUGGACGUGUUUGUGAGCUGACGACGGAAACAUCUGGAGCUGAAGCCUCUCCAGCAGCUGCACUCUUCCACUUCCUGUCCGGCUGCUGUUGCUGUGGAGACCAGUCUGUUUUUGUCUUACAUGCAGUACAGACACUCACACGCACUCUGAGUCUUCAGAAACCAGAUUCAUGAGUUAAAGCCACCCGACUCAGUUGACCUUGAGACUCCCGCCUCAUUCUCUCACACUAUGGCUUCUAGUAAACAUUUUCUUCUCCUGAAGCUGGAGUCACGACUCAACAUCUGCCACCGCGGUUCGGAUCUCUCACAAGUCCGACAGCUGGCAGACAGAGGACGGACCAACUGCCGUCGGAGCGGAGCCAGGAAGUGAGUGCCGACUUUGUCUCCGGUGUGCGAGGAGGCGCAUCAGACCGGUGAAGGACUGCAGCAGCAAUAUCACGCUUCGUCUCAGUCUUCAGCCCGGCGCUCCAUCUGUCCCGUGCUCUCCCACUCAGAGCCGGUCCUGUCCUCAGCUGAACUCCAGUCCAGGAGCGACUCCUUCAGACAUCACAGAUGAGCUUCAGCCUUCAGGAAAGGCAAAUAAAAGCUUUGGGUUUGGAUCCUCGUGAUGUUCAGCAGUGACGUCACCAGCGUGAAAGGUUCAG